GGUACACUAUGCGGAAGAGGAGGUGGGCAGCGGACGCGAGGUGGUGUUCGAGGAACGCGUCGGCUGCUGCGUCGAAAUAGUCUGACGGGUCGUCGGUCAGAGGUGGGGGCGGGGGCGGGGGUGGAUGGGAAGCGCUGGCGUGUUCGGUGUGCUUGAGGUCGGCGUCGGCGUGGCUUGAUGCCCGCGUUGUAGUGGACGACAUGGUGUGGCCAUGGAGGAGAGGUAGCGCGUAGAGAUGGGAGACGAGCGUGGGCGACGACAAUUCUUCGAGCGAUGUCGUGGAAGCGGGCGGCGAGGACGUCGGCGCUCGGAAUGUUCGGUGAUCGACGUCAUUCCCCGGGGCUGGGUGGCGAUUAUUCAGCCAGCACACGGCGAGGCCGAGGCCGUCGUCCGUUCGGCAGUCCGCAGUCGGCAUUAGUUACUGGAAGGGCUGUUGGCGCGAGCCCUCCGUUGCGACGUUUGUUCAUUGAUGACCGACGGCGCGUUCGUGACUUUCGCCGUGACCAUCAUCCCUCUUGCUCACACCAUCUGGCCAUAAGCAGACCAGUUGCGAGGAUGAGGCCAUAUGUGAUGGGUGGUGGCUGGGCAACGAUACUUGAUCGCUCCAUUCUCCAUCCAUAUCUGUUCUUCACGCUGGCGGCCUCACGUGCGCCGCCCUCCUCUCUGGAAAGUCCCACGCCGUUAUGCCCUUGCACGCGCGACGACUCGGCGCAGAACCGAGCGCGAUGGCCAGGCCUUAUGCAUAACUACGAAAACCAGCGCUUCUCAUGCGCCUGCGCAUCGCGGAGCGCGACAUACGCGAUCUCGCGGCGCAACGUCGCCGUUUCAGCGCGCAACGAACGCACCGUAACCGCAAGCCACGCGACGGUUGCCCCCAAAAGCGCGAGGACGAAGACGAGGCCGCGCGCCGUGCCCUCUUCCUUCUCCCUCUUCUUGCCCCUCCUCCCCACCCUCUCUCCCUCUGUCUCUCCCAUGUCAUGCGAGCCGAGCGGAGACAGCAACCACACUCCCGCCGCGUCCGUCGCGCGCAGCACGAGCGUGCUCAGCCCAUGCCCGAUAACGGGGGUGUGGGCGACGAGGGCGAAGCACGCGCCGAGCGAAGCGAAGGCCAGGAUGAAGAAGGGGAACCACGCCGAGGUCUCGAGGCCGGAGAGGACCAUGUCGUCGUGCGACGCGUGCGAUGCGUGUGAGGCAUGCGAGGUGUCGCUGCGCGCUGGGGAGGGAGAGCGUGCAGGCGAUUUGGUGGAGCGUGGCAUGGCGACGGAUGAGAUUUCGGAGCGAGUUGAUGGAUGGUCGUGUGUCGUGCUCUGGCACUCUGGUCGGCUCGCCUCUUCAAGCCUCAAGACCCGUCCUUGUCGCUUGGUCGCUUGGUCGACUUUUAACGCGUCGAUGCGAGAGAAAUGAACAAUGAUGGUACGAUGAGACGAUGAAACAAAGCACUCGGCAGUGAAUCGACGCCGUCCAGGGUCAUCGGGCCCGAUUCUGACGCUCACUCUGGAUCCCCCGUGGGUCAU